GACAGCUGAUGGUUGGAGCAGCUCCACAACCUUAAAUAUUUUGUAAAUAAUUUGUAAAUAUUUUGGCAUAAAAGUUACAAUGUCGGACAUUAAGAACCUUAUACCAAACACUGUGAAUCCCGAUCUGCAGAAAGAGCGCACUGGAGCCGAGUUCAAUGUUGAAGAGUUCGCAGCCUGGUGGCAGGGAGGUCAAGACAAGCUCAAGACCAAGCGGGAGAUUGAAAAGGCCAUAUUCAGCGACUUGGAGGAUGGCUAUGGUCUCAAUCAUGAGUACAUGUCCCACGAAGAUGUCUACAACUCCAGUGUGAAGAAGGUGGCCGAGGCUGCUGCCAAGCUGAAGGCUCUCCAGAACAAGAUCAAUCCUGGCGGCAAUGAUAUCUGGCCGGGCUUGCUGUUUAAUGUCCAGAGCCAUGGCCUCUUCCCAGCCAACCACCCGCUGGCCACCCACAUCACCAUGUUUGUGGACGUGAUCAAGGGUCAGGGCACACCUGAACAGGUGAAGAAAUGGGGCAAGGCGGCGGAGAACUGUAAUAUUAUUGGUACCUAUGCUCAAACGGAGCUGGCCCAUGGAACCAAUGUGAGAGGUAUAGCCACUCGUGCGGACUUUGACCCCAAAUCCGAUGAGUUUGUGCUAAACACACCCAAUCUGGAGGCCUACAAGUGGUGGCCAGGAGGCUUGGGUCACACAGCCAACCACGCCAUGGUUGUGGCUCAAUUGUACAUUGCCAAUGUUCAUUAUGGCAUUCAGAUGUUCAUUGUUCCCCUGAGAGAUUCCGAGACGCACAUGCCUCUGCCUGGCGUGGACAUUGGCGAGAUUGGCAAGAAGCUGGGCAUGGUGGCUGUGAACCAAGGCUUCCUGGGCCUCAAAAAUGUUCGAAUUCCCCGCUCUAAUAUGCUGAUGAAGUUUGCCAAAGUCGAGAGAAAUGGCACCUUCAAGGCGAGCCCGGUAUCGAGGGUUAACUACCUGACCAUGGUCUAUACCCGUUGUCUGAUUGUCAACCUGAACUCUACACUGCUCCUGGAGGCGGCCACAAUUGCCACCAGGUAUUCGGCCGUAAGACGGCAAAGUCCCAUUGAAGAAAACCAACCAGAGCCCCAGAUCAUCGACCAUGUCACCCAGCGCCUGAAGCUCUUCCCCGAGAUUGCCAAUGGCAUGGCGUAUCACCUGGCUGCCGAGUACAUGUGGGAAAUGUACGCCCAGACUGUCCAGGAGGCCAACAAUGGCAAAUUCGAUCGCCUGCCGGACAUGCAUAUCCUCUCCUGCGCCCUGAAGGUCCUUUGUACCACCGAUGGAUGUGCUGGCAUUGAAAAGCUGCGUCUCUCCACUGGAGGUCAUGGCUAUCUGACUGCCGCCAACAUGAGCAAUAUUUACGGAAAUGCUGUGGCUGCCUACACCUAUGAAGGCGAGAACACAGUACUCCUUCUGCAGAUUGGUCGUGCACUGGUCAAGGCCUGGGCAGCCUUCUUGGAGAAGAAGCCAGUGUCUUCCUCAUACAGCUACUUUGCUAGCUCCAUGGCGUUGAGGGAGUUCCCCAAGUGGGACAACUCCUGGCAGUGCAUCAUUAAGGCUUUGCAGUUCACGGCGGCGCAGAAAACUCGCAUUGCUUUCGAGAAUCUGGCAUCUCGUAUGGCUAGUGGACAAUCCCAGGGAGUGGCGGCUAAUAAUACUGGCAUUGAGCUGGCUCGUGCUGCUGAGCUCCAUGGUCGUCAAUUCGUGUGCCAGACCUUCCUGAAUCAAAUCACAGGUCCCAAGGCCCAAAAGCGUUCUCCGGCCCUUAACCAGGUUUUGGAAAAUGUCCUAGAACUCUUCCUGGUCCAGACUCUGCUCAACAACCUAAAUGAUAUUUUGAGAUUUAUUAACCUCACUGAUGCCGAUCUGAGAUCCCUGCAGACACGCCUGGAGGUGUCUCUGGAGAAGCUCCGCCCCAAUGCAGUGGCCAUUUGCGAUGGUUUUGGUUUCCACGAUCGGGUCCUUAACUCGGUGCUGGGCAGUUACGACGGGAAUAUCUAUCCCAGGCUCUUCGAUUCGGCCAAGAGGAGUACCAUGAACCAGAAACCCGUGCAGAGGUCCUUUGAAACGUACCUGAAGCCCCUCAUGAAAGCCAACUUGUAAAACAGACAAUAAAAAUACCAUCCAUACUUUGUUUUAAAUUA